AUUCAACAAACUAUCGUUGUCCUUUCAAAAUGACAGCCAGUUUUUAGACCCAAAAUAACUCAAAUAACAAAACUGAAAAAUUCCGAGUCUACCAAAAUCACACGUAAAAAAUGUUAAUCAACUCACUGAAAUGCUGCAGUAAACAUAUUGGUUCCGCUGCUUUCGAUUAUAAUCUCUACACAUGUGGGGGAAACCAUCGAAGAUGGUACGCCAAAUCAAACAAAAGCGGUUGUUGCCCGGAGGUGCCUCAAACAGCAGGCAGGACCGUGGAGCCAUGGCCGAAAGGCGACCAGCCGCCGCCGCAGUGGCGCUGCGAGUGCCCUCAGGAGAAAAUGCCGUACAAUAACGACCCGUACAGGAUCAAGGUCCCGGAGAUCGUUGUACCCCCCCUGCCGCCUGGAAAUGCUAAGGCUUCAAUAGACUGCGCGCGCAAAGGCACUUGCGCGCCGCCGGCCCCGCCACCGCCGCCGUGCCCUCCGGUCCCUAAGAAGCCGUUUUCGUGGUUUUACAUCUUGGCUACCACCGCAUUUCUUGUUGCUUUGGGUGCGAUAUACAAAUAUUGGGCAUACAGAGAUAAACUCCAGAAAUCGGGGAUGUUCGACGUAGUAUGGCAGCCUCGAUUGAAGGUCAAACGGCCUUACCACGAGUCCGAUCUUCCCCCGUGCGUUCAAUACCUCAUUAUUGGCACCGGGGCCGCGGGCUGGGCUGCUUACAACACUAUCAUGGAACACGACGAGAAAGCCAAGGUGUUCUUCGUGACGAAAGAAGACAUACUGCCAUACAACAGGCUUCCAAUGUCCAAGUUCAUGUGGUGGAACAAAUUACCGCCUGAUAUGAAAACACUCAAAUACUUCGAUCAAAAGUAUAAAACAAUGUACUUAUCAACAUGUGCCAAGUUCAUGGACCCCGUGAAGUUCUACCGUAAAGAGGAGGGCCCGGCGGUGUCCAUAGCCUCCGGAUGGUGUGUGCUGCGCAUCGACGCGGAGAACCAUAUAGCGUACAUCAAGACCAUGUGCGGCGAGCGGCCUAUGUACUAUGAGCGGUGCUUGAUCGCUGUUGGCUCCAAACCAAUACAGUUGAACAUAUUCAAGAUAGCUCCCAAAGAGGUCCGGAACAAAGUGACAACAUUCCGGACGAUCCGUGACUUAGAAAGCGCGUUCCGGAAGGUCCGGGCGGCGCGGCACGUCACUAUCGUCGGCGGGGGCCCGCUCGGCUGUGAGCUCGCGUGGCAUAUCGCUAAAAUGAAGGAAAAAGUGGAGAAGGACGAGAAAGACGCUGACAAACCGCCGCUGCAGAUCGUCCAGAUGUACAAAGACGCCGGGAUCCUCGGCAAUAUCCUGCCAGAGUACCUCGGGGAGUGGGCCGCGGAGAAGAUCAAGUGCGAAGGCGUCCACAUCAUGCCUAAGACGACACCACACGACGCUUUCCUGUCAAAAGAUGGUCGACUAGAGUUGACGCUGAGCGACGGGUCAUCGCUUGUCACAGAUUAUGUUUUCGUGUGCGUCGGCACGACUCCUCGCAUGGAGAUAGCGGAGCCCUCAUUCCUGGAGGAGGACAAGGUCAACGGCGGUUUCCUCGUCAACACCGAGAUGGAGGCGCGGACGCAUCUCUAUGCUGCGGGUGACGCGGCCAGCUUCUACUCGCAAUGGAAGAACACCCGCCAGCGCUUCCAGAACUACUGGCCGGCGGUGCAGGAAGGGCAGCUGGCCGGCCUGAACAUGACCGGCUACUGGGAGCCUAGCAACAUCGAGAACUCCUCCUGGCUUACUCUAGGCACUGUUUUAGAGAUGCAGGUCGUUGGCGAAGUGGGGGCUUGUAUGCCAAUCAUAGCGCUGUUCAAGCCAUGCCGCCCCGAGGAUCUGCCUGAGAAAGAAAGACUAGAAUCCGCGAAUGAGCUUUGUUACAAGGACGCGCCGGAGUAUAAGGAGCGUUACAAGAGGGGGUUACUGUGCUACAUUCGCGACGAGACGAUCGUGGGCUUCGUGUUUUGGAACAUGCCUCCAAUUGAGGAUCGCCGGGAGGUGGCGACUGAGAUACUCCGAGCGCGGCCACACUACAGCGAAAUCAAUUUGGUAGCGGAGCUGCUUGGGUUCGCGGAGACGCACUGCGUGUAUCUUCGGCCCGAGGAGAUACAAGAGGAGGGACCUUGCAUUCAGGCAUAUCGGGAAUUCUAGACGUGAAGUAACAAUUGUGCUGUAUACUUACCUACUGCAGAUAACAUGAAGAGUUAUCUCCGGUUUAAAUAAAUUAUUUUGUACGGAUCCUGUAAAGUAAAAGUUUUUGAAAGUAUCUUUCU